GCAAGGCUUGGCCCGACCGACCUUCAGGCCGCGAGUGAAAAGGAGGAGGAGCAUCCAAACCCGUGCGUUGGUGUUGCCAAAGAAGCCAGUCAAUCUUGUGUUUGCUCUGGAAACUUGGCUCGAGGGUACUCAUCAACACUGACACAACAACAGCUCGCAAUGGUUGCCCGAUGGGUCUAGUGCCAGUGCUUGAGGAAUCGCAGGCCGCUCAAGCGCUUUUCGAAUAGCCAUGGCGAUGAUGCGGACCAGGACCAAAAGCCGAGGUAUGUGCCUCUGCCUUCUCGGGAUUGCAUUGGCGCUGCUCGUGCAGCCGAGCACGGAGUCCCUUGUCGCCGCCGCCCAGGACUUUGCUCGAGGAGUUCCUGGGCUGAAGGACAGCAUAUUGGCAAAACGGCACCCGUUGCAUGCCGGAGUCGCUCGGCGCGCCGGGGCUGCGCAAGAGGACAACAGUGGCCAGGACCGGCGCGAUCUCGAGGAGGCGGCAGACCAGAGAAUGCGGGCCGAGUUCGUGGAAGAGGACCUGCUCCUGGCGCUGCAAUUUGCUCUGGCGCAGCAAGAGACGGCCCAGGCGCAGGUCGCGACAGCCCAGGAGCAGGAAGCAAUGGCGGUGAGGCGUCUCGCUCGGGCGGAGGAAUCGGGCGAUGCGAAAAAGGUGCAGUCGGCGGAGAGGAAGGUGGAGAGGGCGAAGAAGGAGGUCCAGGAGGCGAAGAAGGAGGUCCAGGAGGCGAAGAAGGAGGUUCAGGAGGCGAAGAAGGAGGUGGAGAGGGCGAAGAAGGAGGUCAAGGAGGCGAAGGCAAGCGGCCGGACGAAGGAGUCCGAGGGCACAAGCCGCUUGCAACGAUACCUCGCCCCCAAGUAUGACCUGAGAGAGAAGCACAUUGACGGCCAGAAGCUGCUGGUCUGCGAUUUCAAAGAUUCGACUAGAUUUGCCAUUGUGUCCAGCGAACUGAUGCAGCGGUUGACUGCGUGGGUGGAGGACCGUGUCUCUUCGCAACGAGGCAUCUGCGCCAUCAAUGGCAUGGUAAAGUUGGGAAAAACUACCGUGUUGACUCACCUUCUGCCACAGAUCAUCUUGACAAAGUUUCCAAAUGCCGAGAUUUGCUUCCUGGACUUUUCCUCUUUUCUCAAUGCGGGCUUCGAGCCUGGAGCAAUGGAGGAGGGAUUGCUGAAGAGAGUUGCAGCUUGGGCAACAAGCGCUGGGUUCCAUGUGGGCCCAGGUGACAUGUUGCACUUGGAUGAGUUGAUGGACAACUUGGACAGGUCUGGGCGUACAGUUUUUUUCCUCAUUGACGAAGUUCAGAGAUUCUUCCAGGUUCAGGAAGGAAUUAUCCCAACAUGGGACAUUCUCAAGGGAUUCCUCCGAGUCAACAGGGAAGACUCCAACCUGCACUUUGCCAUCACUGGUUCAGACAUGGCCCUAGCGUGGCAACACUUUGUCAGGAUGACUCCCAAUGGAUUUACAUUUGCUGGUGCUUGUCGCAGGGUUUCCCUCCCGUGGCAAAACCCCGUCCAUGAGCUGGACUAUGCCCGACAGAAAUUCCUGGCCACUGCAGUCGAUGACACCGAAAAAGAUGAACUGACAGACUUGCUUGGCGAGAUCCGAUCUGUGCCAUUGAUGGCAUACACAGCAGCAGUGUGGAAGGACGAACAGUCCAAGAUUGACACGCAAAAACGAGUAAACAUGAAGUUGAGAGAUGAGUUUGUGACGGAGAUGACCCCUUUGCUGGGGGACCCAAGUUGGUCCAAUCCACAACGUUUGCAGUACAUCCGAGACUUGGCCAUUGGUCAGGCAACCUCUGACCCAGCAGACUUUUUUGAUGAGACCGUGUACGACUGCUUCUUCAAGCCAUAUAUUUAUGAGGCAGACGGCAAGUUUUCCUUUGCAAGCAACCCGUGGACUGUUUGCGUAGCAUACUGCCUAGAUGCGAGCGGGACACUGCUGAACCAAAGCAAUUUUCCGGUUCUGCAAUGGUGCCAGAACGAGCAAAGACUGCAGCAACUUGCGCGGGUUGGUGAGCUUGUGAAAGGCACGCUGCGGCGAUGGUUCCCUUCGGCAAACAGCCCACUGAGCGGCGACCAGAAAAAGCUACGCUGGCGCGUGGAGAGCAUUUGCAGGAGGCAUGGGAGGCAACAUGGCUGGCAUCCAGAGGAAGGGGAGCCAUAUUUUCAACAACUGCUGAAUUGGUCGAAUAGCGGUGUAAACGUCAGCAUACGAGAGCGUCAGUUGAACAGAACAAAGCAAAACAAACCGUGUCGGUUGGACAUGAGGUGGUGCACAUACUUAGAGAUGUUGCGCAAUGCGAAUGCGCAUUUCACUUCGAGAAAUAGAGCUGACUAUGAGGAACUAUUAUUUAAUUGCUUGCCGAGCCAAACAGGCUUGCUAUUGGCGGCUUUGAGGAAUUUCACUCUGUCCAGACCAAGGUGAGAGCCAGGUGCACGCUGUUGAAGAUGUCAAAAAAGCGAGUCGGGAUGGGUUGAGGUUGACUGGUAGUAGCAGCUUGUGUGCUGGUUUAAUCUCUGUCUGCCUGAAUGUUGGUAGUUGUUGCAGCAUAGGUCCUUGAUUCUCGCUCAUGCC